AUGUCGUCUGCUUCCACCGCCGCUUCCCGUCUCUCCACUCCCUCGAUCGUCACCAACAAGACGACCUUGGUCCGCACCAAGGGGGGCGUGCUCCCCAAAGACAUGGCCGAGGCGAUCCAGACCGCGAUUGCCAAAGUCGAAGCCACAUACCCUGACCUGCUGAUCCGCUUCGGUACUAUCAUUCCAGAGUGGACGUGGGCAAAGAACGCCCGAGAUCGCCACGAACUCGAGGCUCACGUUGCCGCCGAAGAGGCCGAGAUCGCCCACCUUGUGGCAGAAGAAGCCAAACGCCUCCGCCUUGCUGCCAAAGAGGAGGAGCGCCUCUGA